AUGGCACUAUUGCAGGGAAAAUCGUACAACAGGGGAAUUAGAGGACACAAACUGAUUAUGGAGGCGCUAUUGCGUUUGAAAUGGGACGCAUUUUGCUCCUGGGUUAGUAAAGGAGGAGGUGAAGAAGUCGAAAGCGAAGGAGGUCCGAUUCUAAAUCUCGUUGACUCUGUCAGAGCGCUACAGAACAGCAACAACAGCUGAAGAGAAGAAAGAGGCCUAUUUGCUGCUUUGUAACACUGCCAACCGUGUUGAGGACUUAUUGACGCGGUUUAAACAAGAAACGUCAUUGAAACUUUUCAAGUUUUGGGACAAGUACAUCGAGAUGAUUCUCCUUCUCCUCGAGUUCAUUCGAGCAGAACGAGAGGGUGACUGGGAGUUAUAUCUUAAGGUUACAACAAAGAUGAUUCCUUAUUUUUUUGCAAUGGAUCGCGUGAAUUACUCCCGGUGGCUGCCUGUUUAUAUUAUGGAUAUGCGCAAUCUGCAAGAAAAAGCUCUAGACGUCUACAAUGAGUUCCUUAGCAGGUCAACUUCACAGUCAUUUAACCAAGUCUGGACGGACAUGGCUCUCGAACAGAGCAUUAACCUUGACAGUAAAGCUAAAGGUGGCAUAAUCGGUAUUACGCAAAGCGCUCUCCAGAAAUGGUUUUUGACAGCACACGAGAGAACAGCAACCACGACUGCUACCAAAAGAAUGAUAGAUUUGGAUGAAUCUACAAGAAGUACACACAAGGAAUCAUCAAAAGUCAGAGUUCAAAGAGACGAAAAUGACAUCAAGAAGGUCAUACACACUCUGCAGACAGUGAUGUCUAAUCCGUUCGAUGAAGAUGCGGACAGAGAGGACGUUCCACUAAUGAACCUUGCUACGGGAGUAGUUAUGCCAGAGGAGAUAUCAGAGCAACUUAUUGAUGCCCAAUGUCUAGGAGAAGCGAGGAUGAAGUUAUUUGUGAGCAAGCGUAUCAAUACCAAUGAAGUUGGCUUUUGGGAACCGAUGGAAAAGAUGAACAUAAAAACCUUUGCAAGUUUGUCAAAGAAAGCAAAGGUUAAGUCCGUGGAUGAGAAGCUUGUAACAGUAAGUGCGGACAGAAACUUGUUUGGGCGUCUUUUGAUAGCUUCACGGUCAAGGGAUAUCGACUUAAGAGAAGUGUUAAAGUACAAGCUGGACUCUGUCCCUUGCGCACUGGCUCAUCCUGAUGGAUCGUUACGGAAAACUACUAAAAGUGUGUUCCUGGAGAUACUCGAGGAACAAGUACUAGCACUACCCAGACUACCAGUAGAUGACAGAAUAUCAACUGCGUAUGUCAUAGAUGGCAUGGCAGUGGUGCAAAUGAUGAAGAACGCAGGCUCAGCCACAUUUGGAAAGCUCGCUAACAAGUACUUCCAGUUGAUAACCGCUCAUCUUGGAAAUAAUGGCUGUAAUCGUGUGGAUGUAGUUUUUGAUCGCUAUGACAAGGAAGAUUCGAUCAAGGAAGCAGAGCGUGCUCAAAGGGGAUCAUUAUCAAGCUUUGAGGUGCGAAUAUCGGGCCCAUCCACUCCAGUUCCCAAGUGGCAAAACUUCAUCUCCAACCCUGUGAACAAGACCAACCUAAAGGCGUUUCUUGGCAGUAUGUGGAAAGAGAUGGCAAAGACAAGGCUUGCAGGGGACCAGAAAUUAGUGUUGCCAGGGUGUUUCAUUCACAGCGAUGACACGUUCGCUAUCACUCAAAAUCAAGAAACUCCUUUGCUUCAUUUAUCAUCCGAUCAUGAAGAGGCUGACACAAGAAUGCUUUUGCAUGCAAGUGACUGUUCAAGAGACCACCAAAGGAUUGUGGUGCAAUCCCCUGAUACUGACGUUGCAGCUCUCUGUGUUUAUGCAUGUAACAUGAUCAAUACCCAGCAGUUAUGGUUUCAUACUGGUGUUAAAGACAAACUUCGUUUCCUACCAGUACACCGUCUAGCGGAGAAGCUAGGUGAGGAUCUCUGCCGUCUUAUUCCCUUGUUCCAUGCAUUGACAGGAUGUGACUCAACUAGCGCGCUGUAUCAAAUUGGGAAGCAAAAGGCCUGGAAAGCUUUAUUACAAACAAAGGAUGUGUAUGUAGAUCUGGCGGGCUUAGGUGACAACGUACCACCACUUCAAAGUGUAGCAAAGACGGCUGAGGCGUUCAUAAGCUCUUUGUGUGCCGUCCCAUCAAGAGCUGGUACAACAGCAGAUGAUGUAAGGUAUACUCAUGGUCAAAUCAUUAAUUUGAUGUAACUUAUUAGUUAAAGUGCAUGUCAACAGCAAAAAAAAUCCUUCCCUCAAAAUGCUUUUGUGUUUUCUAGGUACUGGGUGUUCUGUCAGAGAAAACAGAAAAACAAUGGACUGCCGCCUACCUCUGACAGUCUCCAGCUGCACAUUCAGCGUGCCAAUUACCAAGCAAUGAUUUGGAAGCGAUGUCUGCAAGCCUUUCAGCAAUUACCACAGCCAAUGGGAAAUGGGUGGGAGAAGGGCGAUGACGGCUCCCUGAAGCCCCUUCUAAUGACCAGGGAUGCUGCCCCAAAGGGAUUAGCAGAGCUCACUGUCUGCAAAUGCAUAAGGACAGCCUGCAAGUCCGCUUCUUGCGUUUGCAGAGUCAAUGAGUUAUCGUGCACAGAGGCUUGUGCUUGCAUGGCCUGUGAUUGUGAAAAU